AUGCUCGACAUUUCCACUGGCAACUUGGUCACCAUCGUCUGCAAAGGCGGUGAAGUUCUUGCCAGUCAGACUUUUAAUGGUCAAAUGAAGGCUAUUGAACGUCGCAUGAACACUUCCCGCACGCUAAUUAAAGAACUACCCAAGAGCUCGUAUGAUCCAAAUGUUAUUUCACCCGACGAGCUGCAGAGACUCAAAGCGAAGUUCAGGAGGAUGGAAGGAGACUAUCACGAUAUGGUCGACCUUCGGGACAAGUGGUUCGCCUCUCAUUUUGACGUCAAGGCGAUUUACAAAGUGCAUCAAAUCGCGGCGGACGCCAAAUCUCUUAAACGAGCAUUGAUGGGAGUAUCCGAAAGAGCAUUUAAUCACGACUCGUUGCAUGACUUUGAAGAACACAUUGAUAGAGCCUCAUUAGAGAUCAAGGUGUCUGAUGCCAGGGCGCAACCUCCAGGCGGGUCUGAGGGAAACCAAACCAGUGCUGCAUCUACCUCCGCUAUCAUCAUGGCGACAGAGAGGGAGAGCAAAUGUCAAGUACCAUUACGUGUAGACAUCUCCCAAGCUGCGAGAAGCGAGUCAGCGGAAGGUAUCCCUGCCAGGUGUGCAAUCUUCGGCACGCCUACCUCUGAACCGACGGAUCCGGAAUACAUCAAAGCGCGUCAAGAGUUUCUUGACAAAGCCGCAGACAUGCUAAUCGACAUCGUGACGCUAGGCCAUCCGUCCCUUUAUGUCGAUGCUGAUAUCGUCAAGGCGGCCCUUUACGAGGCGGUCCGCGGCAAGACCGUAGCCUCCGGAUGA